CUUGGCGAUUUCUUAUACAAAUGGACCCUCCACCGCUCCCGGACGCAGCCGCGGUUGCGAAAGCAAAAGCUUCAGGAUGGUCCGAAGUGGAAGUUGAUUUCAUGUGCCAGGCCUUGGCACAGGCCCAUAAAGCUUGGGCAUGUCGCGAGGUUCCCGUCGGAUGCGUGGUAGUGCGUGAUGGACACGUUGUUGGGAGAGGUCACAACCUCACCAACAAGAGCCGAAACGGUACCCGUCAUGCUGAGAUGAUUGCUAUCGACGAAAUGCUGGAAGCAAGUGGAGGAUCCACGACGGGGGCUGGAUUCGACAGGUGUGAGCUGUAUGUGACGGUGGAGCCGUGCAUCAUGUGUGCGGGGGCACUGUCACUGCUCGGAUUCAGGCAGGUCUACUACGGCUGCGGCAACGACCGCUUCGGGGGCUGCGGUUCCAUCCUGCCCGUUAACGGGGAAGGCUGCGGUGCCUGUAGCGGGCGCCCGCCGCGUGGAGUGCACGUGGGCCGUGGCUUCCCCGCGCAGGGCGGGCUCUUCCCCGAGGAGGCGGUGGAGCUGCUGCGGGAGUUUUACGCAGCGGGCAACCCAGCAGCACCGCGCCCACACCGCCCAGUUCGCAAGGAGGCUUGAGUCGCGUGCCCUGGGGGCGUGCAGCGGGGCAGUGGACCCCUGAGGCGCGCCGGGCUGCUGCCGUGGAUGGUCAUGAUCCUUCCAUUUGGUUGCCGCUUACUGCUGGAGCGGCCGUCUGCUGCGCCGUUGCAUGGGCGCCAUUGCCCGGGUGGAUAGAUACCCACCCGCGCGGACGGAAUAGGGGCAUCAUAAUACGGCACCGUAGUGCUACGAGUGAUUCGUGAUACUCAAUCAAACACCCGUCGUGUCGGGAUGAUUGCGGAAAGCGCUGCGCAACGGCAGCGUUUUGCUUGUUGCAUGGGUGGCGGCGGGAGGCGGCGGUCGUGUGUGGGCCGUAGACGACGGACAGCUGAGCGCACGUUGACAACGCCACCUAUCUACCUUAUAGCGAAGUGCUUUCGGAACGCGAACGCGAAUGUGCGCGACACCAAGAGACGUUGUAGUCGCUAGGACGCAUAGAAGGCCGGUUAGCAAGACGCAGUCACAGCAGACGUGUUACCUCAUCCAGACGGUAAACGCCAAGGGCAAUGGAGGAGCGCCGCUGACCCAUCACUGAUAUAACCAGGUUGCGAUGGCUAGGCUGUCGGACGGCUGGCGGGCUGGCGCGGAGCGGAGCUGCGGGGCGCGCGACAUCCGAAACCAACCUGGAAACAACAGCGCCACACAGCAAGGAAACAGCACAGCACCCAAGUAACCGCGGGCUGGGCGGGCGGCUGUCGCUGCGGUUGGGGCUGGCGCGGGCUGCAACGGAACUGUGUAGGCGGAGUGGAAGGCAAGUAUGAACUGCGUGUGGCGAUGCAAGUACGGUCCUGGAAACCGGGGGCCGCGGAAUAGUGAUGACAGCGCGAUGGCUGCACGGCUCAUCCCGGCGGUACUGCAUGCGGCAUGGGCCCCGUGGGCAUGAAUGCAGUGUGGUACGUGGGCAUGAAUGCAGUGUGGUACGCGGGGCCCCGCGACAGGGGACAGCAACGCGGGCAAGAAGGAUGCUGGGAUGCAGGCAACACGCAGCAUGGCACCAAAACAAACCCCCCA